CGUUUAUCGUCUUUCUUGAGUGAGCUCAUACCCACCUGAUACCUCCACCAUUCCCGCUGCAAUCAACCGGACCUCAACUUUCCGACUAGGGAACCGUCAUCUUCCGGUCUCAGGCAACGAGUUCCGAGAAUGGGGACCGAGCUGGCUGCAAAUCAACCAGUGGAGACAAUAGAUGAGCAGAGGCCUGUGCUGGAUUUGGGGGCAUUUAUUGGCGAAUUAAGCGUUGAAGAUGAUGAAGAAAGUGAUGCUAUUUCAUUGGAGGGACUUGAGCAAGAGCUUCAAGAUUGUAAAACUGAUGAUGUAGUUUCCAUGAUACUGUCUAAAGGUACAAAAUUGCGGGACUACACCAGGGAUGUUGAGAACAAUUUAAGGCAAAUUGAACUCGACUCUAUCGAGGAUUACAUCAAAGAAAGUGACAAUCUAGUAUCACUUCACGAUCAAAUUCAUGAUUGUGACACUAUUCUGUCGCAAAUGGAGAAGGUUCUCAGUGGAUUUCAGGUCGAGAUAGGUUCAAUAAGUUCAGAUAUAAAGAUUCUUCAAGAAAAGUCUUUGGAUAUGGGGCUCAAGCUGAAGAAUCGAAAGGCUGCAGAAUCAAAAUUGGCUAAAUUUGUUGAGGAAAUCAUUGUCCCGCCAAGGAUGAUAGACAUUAUUGUAGAUGGAGAGGUGAAUGAGGAGUACUUGAGGUCCCUGGAGAUUCUUAGUAAAAAACUGAAAUUUGUUGAAGCUGAUGCCAUGGUUAAGACUUCCAAAGCACUCAGUGAUGUUCAGCCUGAACUAGAAAAGCUUCGUCAAAAAGCAGUUUUUAAGGUAUACGACUUCAUCGUUCAGAAACUUAAUGCAUUAAGAAAACCGAAGACAAAUGUUCAGAUCCUUCAACAAAGUGUUCUUCUGAAAUACAAAUAUGUGAUUUCAUUUCUUAAGGACCAUGGGAAAGAGGUAUAUGUUGAUGUUAGAGCUGCUUAUAUUGAUACCAUGAAUAAGGUUUUAAGUACAAAUAUACGAGCUUAUAUUCAAGCCCUGGAGAAGUUGCAACUAGAUAUAGCAACAUCCAGCGAUUUGAUUGGUGUCGACACCAGAAGUACUAGUCUUUUCCUGAGGGGAAGAGAACCACUGAAAAACCGGUCUUCUGUUUUUUCUGUAGGGGAAAGGAUAAAUAUUCUCAAGGAAAUUGAGGAAUCUGCAUUGAUACCACAUAUAGCUGAAGCCAACUCUAAAAAGUAUCCUUAUGAAGUACUUUUCAGGAGCCUGCACAAGCUGCUAAUGGACACUGCUGCUUCUGAAUAUCUCUUCUGUGACGAAUUCUUUGGAGAACAGUCCAUGUUUUAUGACAUAUUUGCAGGUCCCUUCUCAGUAAUUGACGAACACGUUAAUAGUAUUCUUCCGAACUGUUAUGAUGCAAUAGGCCUGAUGCUCAUGAUUCGCAUAAUAUAUCAGCACCAGCUUGUAAUGUCUCGGCGACGCAUACCAUGUCUAGAUUCUUACUUGGACAAGGUAUUUUCCAAUUUAUUGGUGCAUGUGACUUUAUUUAUGCUGUACCUUCUAAUAGCUUUGUCAUGUAUCCUGUAACUGUCACUAAGCACACCGUCAACUUUAACUGCGUAUGUGGGCAACAAAGACAUGACAGGUGUGGAUUUUGUUCAAGUGAGCUGCUUCUGUUAAUUGUAUAAAUUAACAGCUGAAAGUUGUAUUGUAUCUCAAACCUCAAUGCUAUUGCCAUUUUUUGAACGAAUGAUGGACCUAAGAACAUUGAUUUUUUAACUUUUGUUGUCCCUGCAACUGACGUAAACUGCAUUAAAUCAGUAAAUCAAGAGAUAUUAAAGACCUUGGGCCAUGAUUAAACGGCAUGGAACCAGUCUCUAAUAGGACUUCAGUUUUACCUGACUUCGGUGAUUAGAAAUCGUGGGCCAUGUUUAAAGCAGCAUUAAAUCAGCCUUGAAUUAGGCUUCUAUUUGACCAAAGAUUGGUCCUGAUAGCUUAAAUAACAUGUAAAUUCUAGUCAACUGUUCAAUCUUCUUAAAAUUGGCAACCCGGCAGCAGAGUUGUUUCUGCGGUGGAGAGUUUUAGAUUAUCCAAAUAGCGUGAAUGCGUGAUCACUAAUUGCACUUUAGUCUUCACAAGAUGCUUUCAAGCUAUAAGAUUCUUUCUAAUACCUGAAGACCAGUUGUCUUUCCCUCGGAGUCUUUUGGUGUGUACUCUGAAGAGUUAAUUCACUCAAAUCACAUUCUCUGAUGAAAUCUGAGCAGGUCAACAUUUCAUUAUGGCCACGGUUUAAGAUGGUGUUCGACUUGCACCUCAACAGUCUACGAAAUGCCAAUGUGAGGACUUUAUGGGAAGACGACGUACAUCCACAUUAUGUCAUGAGGCGUUAUGCCGAAUUUACUGCUUCGCUAAUUCAACUUAAUGCUGAUUAUGAAGACGGUCAGCUUGAACUCAACUUGGAGAGGCUGCGAAUGGCUGUUGAUGAUUUGCUGGUUAAGCUUGCCAAAUUGUUUCAGAAACCAAAGUCGCAGACUAUAUUUUUGAUAAAUAACUACGACAUGACUAUUGCUGUUUUGAAGGAAGCUGUUCCUGAGGGUGGAAAAAUCCAAAUGCACUUCGAGGAUUUGCUGAAGAGCAAUACAGCCAUUUAUGUGGAGGAACUACUUGUGGAGCACUUCAAGGAUCUAAUCAAGUUUGUGAAGACCAGAGCUUUUGAGCCGAUUAUCAAGGACUUUGCCAGUAGAUGGAAGGCGGCUAUAGAGCUAAUGCACAAUGACGUUAUAACUUCCUUCAGCAAUUUUCUAUGCGGUAUGGAAAUCCUGAGAGCUGCAUUGACUCAACUACUGCUUUAUUACACGAGGCUCUCGGAUUGCAUGAAGAGAAUUGCUGGCGGGUCCGGGUUGAACAAGGACUUAGUUUCCAUAUCGUCAAUUAUGUACGAGAUUAGGAAAUACUCAAGGACUUUUUGA